AGGAUAAUAAUGCUAGUAAAGGUGGGGGGGAUGUAGAAAGAGAGGAAGACCAGAGACUCGAUCAAUGGACUCAGUCUGGGAUGCUACAAGACCUGAGCAGAGCAGUGGGGGAUAGGGGUUUUGGGAGAAGUCUCAUCCAUUGGUUAUCCAUGCGUCAGGACUGACUCAAGUUCACAGCAAGAGUGUUCAGGCAAUAGAUCCAAUGACUUACAGAGUUGGUGGGGUCUUCUUCUCUGGAGGUCUUCAUAAAGAGGCUACCUACUGGGGAUAUGCUCUAGCCAACCGAGGUGCAUGCUUCGAAAAUGCCAGGAAGCAUGAGCCCUGCACUUGCCAGUGACCUUCAGUGUUUCCAACCCACAAACCACAACUUUCCUCCUUGGGAUGGACACUCUCUCCCUCCCACCGGCCUCCCAAGGCCGAGGGCUGUCCUCCGAGCCCAUUCCUCUCAUCCAGCUGUACUUAUAUCUCCCAAGCCAGCUGCUUCCAAGUCAGCAGUCCUUGAAGAGCGAGGAUGCCUCAUCGCCUUGCCAGGCUGGUCCGCCUGGCACCCUCGGUGCACAGAGUUCAAGUCCUCUCCUCCUUUGGGAUCGAUCACCGAAUACCAUCCAGCCUUCCUUCGGGGAGAAGCUUCAGCUCCACCAGGACGCUUCAAGACAUCCCUGGAGACACAGAAUAAGGUCCUGCUCCAUUUUAUCAACCGGAACGGAGAGAAAUUCUCAGUCGCAGCAAAAGAAGGAGAGAGUUUGCUGGAGGUGGUGGUGAAUCAAAACCUCAGCAUUGAUGGCUUUGGUGCGUGCGAAGGCACACUGGCUUGCUCCACCUGCCACCUGAUCUUUGAGGAAGACACUUUCCGAAAACUGGAGGCCAUCAGCGACGAAGAGCUGGACAUGCUGGACCUGGCGUUUGGACUGACAGAUACGUCCCGCCUCGGCUGCCAGGUGAGCGUAAAGAAGUGGAUGGAUGGCUUGACCGUCCACGUCCCCAGAGAGGUCUCCGACAUCCGGAAAGAGCUGGACGUAGAGAAGCAAAACAAGCAAUAACUGGCCUUUGCUGAAUGCUGUUCCUGGAAUCCAGACAUUACUGUGGCGAUUUUUCCAACUUGCAUGUCAUCUUUCUUGCGACUCCCUUUUGUGUUUGAGAUCUUACCUUGUAUUCUUGUAGCCAUUUGAAAUCUGGGAGGAAAUUCUUUGCAAACGGUGACGCUCACCUCUGGCUUUGAAAUACCAGGCUUGUUACUCCUCUGUUCCUCUGAGGGUUUGUCUUCACUGGCCAGAAGGCACCAAGCUGCCUAUGGAGGAUUCGGGUCCUGAAUUCUCCCCAAAUUCUCCCCAUAACCUGUGCUCUCUCUGCAAUGAUGGCGGGUGGCUGCCUUCCUACACAAUCCCUUUCAUUGCAUGGUGCCAUCUCUGAGGUCACAACAAGGUGCGCAGCCAUGUUGCCGAUGCUGGGCAUCUUCUUCUGACCUCAAAGCAACUCAAGGCCAAACAAGGAUCAACAAGGGAAGGUGGAAAACCAGGCCAAGACCUUGUUGAUAACACAACCUGGAUGUCAUCUGCAGUUGUGCACAUGUAAGUCUUGUUUUCAAUAGAUUCUAGGAAUCUCCAGGUCCUCCAGUGAAACUCUGUGGAAAACAUCUGCCAGAGAUUGAGCGCAGAAUCAUGCUGGAGGACCUACA